UCCUGAGCAGACCGGUCUUCUCUCACUUGCGCACCUCGCUCCGCUUCCUCUGCAACCAUGUCUGACAAACCCGAUAUGGCUGAGAUUGAGAAAUUCGGUAAGUCUAAAUUGAAGACAGAAACACAAGAGAAAAAUCCACUGCCUUCAAAAGAAACGAUGGAACAGGAGAAGCAAGCGGGCGAAUCAUAA